CACUGAGGCUGUCGUUGUUGAUUCUGCAUCGAAAACAGAGCAGAAUCAGGAUGAAAUUCUAAAAGCAGCUCAAAAUGAAAUUUCUCAAGUAAUGGCUACUGCAAUGGGAAACCUUUCAGAUCAAACCAAAGGCGAAGAACCAUCAGAUUUCUUGAAUAAGCAAAAAGAUGCUGUUGAAGAUGCAGACUAUGUCGAGCCCAUGCAAGAUCCAUACAACAAAGCAAUAACAUAUCUCGAAAACCAUAACAUUUUACAACUUUUUCAGACACUCACAGCAGGCAUCGUUUACCAUAAACCAGAAAAACCACUGGAAUAUAUGAUGUUGGAGGUAGAGAAGAUGAAGAAAGAAAAAGCCACAACCAAAUAGAAAGCUUUCCAAAGAACAUCUAUAUUUGAAAAAUGAUAUAAAGCAUUUAUCAUUUUAAUGACAUUUUUCAUGUUAUUUUUUCGAAAUAAAUAUAGUGAUUAAACCCUGAUGACCUGGUAAUUGAACUAGUCAGUUUUUUAUUAGUUGUAAUUUUACUUUAGGACAUUUAUGACAGUAUUGGUCAGGGGACAGUAAAUUCAACAUAUUUUUUUUCCUGAUAUUAUGUCCUAUGAAGGACACCUUUUGUUUCAAGAUACAGGACAUUUCUUUUAUUCGUUUUUUCACAGAAACGUAAUUUUCAAUGGUCAAAACAAGAAUUGGCCCGAAAGCCUUUCACUUUCAUUGAGGACUUGGUUAAAUUUUGGAUUUUAUAUGGCAGGGCGUGUUAAAUUUUUAACACUAGUGUAAGUAAUCAGGCUAACAUUUAUGUGGAUAUUUUUUGUCUAUAAUGGUUUGACCUGGCAAUAGAUAACAUUUUUUGAGCUUCAACCAACAAAGCUUCAAAUAUGAUUCAAAAAUUCACAUUUCCGAUGUAGUAAAAUAAGACUUGCAUUUGCUUCUAUUCUAAAGCUUUGUUUCUUGUGUUAAGUUGACUGUUCUUGUCAUUAUUGUUUUACUAAACCCUAGCUUAAAUUUGAAUGCUUAAUAAUAUUGUCAUAUAGUUUGAUGAGCAUUGAUGCUCAUUGAUUUCCGCGCCAUUGCCAAAUUUUGUUACUAAUAUGGAAAGGAAAACAACAGUAGAACUAUUUAGAUAAAAAUGUGCAUAACAUGAAAAAACUGAAGGAUUCUAAUCCUGGCUUCUUUUCUUUUUGAUUUAUCAUCUUUUACAUUCAUCAGAUUUGAUAAAACCUGGGUUUGGGGUUUGGAAGAUUUAUUUUAAUGGUUUAUAAGACUUUUGAAAUAUUUCUUCUUGAUUGUUUUAUUGUCAUGUAUUUGUAUAUAGCAUUAUUUAUUUCACUUUACUAAUCUUGUUGUUGCAAUCUUUGUCAUCACUAUGAUAUUAAUGUAUGACUUGUUGAUUACUUACCUUACAUUAAAUUAACAUGUUUUGUU